AAGCACUUUCUGACAGCGUUUCUAGAACCCUAACCAAUAACACGGGUUACUGGGGGUUUCGGACUAUAUCUGGAUUCCUCCUUUACAAGCUAUAUGCUUCGUACGGGAGAGUGUAAUAGCGAUGGAAACAGGAUGCACAGCGAGGAGGAACGACUGAGCACUUUCCACAACUGGCCGCUAAACGCUUCAGAUAGAUCUGCUGAGCUAGCGCGCGCCAGUUUUUACUUCCUGGGACCAGGAGAUAUGGUGCGCUGCUUUCGCUGCGACAGGACACUGAGGCACUGGGCACACGACGACAGUCCGACUGGCGGGCACCGGCGCCACUUUCCCGCGUGCGAGUUCGAAUCGAGGACGGACACGAGCAACGUUCGGCGCGUCCGCGCUUCGACGGAUUCGGUGGAUGGUCAGCUGUUGAGCCAGCUGCAGCGCCUGGCUGCGGGCGAACAGGUGGCAACCGGUCAAGCCGCUUAUCCAGAGAUGGAGCCCGAGGACACGCGCCUCACCACGUUCAGCAACUGGCCCACAAGCUCUUCCAUCCAACCGGAUACACUGGCGCGCGCUGGCUUCUUUUACACAGGUCAUAGUGAUAACGUGAAGUGUUUCUUCUGCAAUGGUAGUUUGAGGAACUGGGAGCCUGGAGAUGAUCCAUGGCAGGAACAUGCCAAGUGGUUUCCACGAUGUGAGUAUUUGAUGCAGUCAAGAGGACAAGAGUACAUCAACCAUGUACAGCAGUCAUCCUUCAACACAUUUGAGCUGGCAAGUGAAGCCCAGAAUUCAACUCCAAGAAAUAUUACCACUGGACAUGAUGUGCUGAGUGGGCAGAGUGCACCAGCAGCAGCCAUGUUCUCACCGGUGGUGCAGGCGGUGCUGCAGAUGGGUUUUGAGCAAGCGCCAGUUGAGAGGCUGGUUCAGUCUCACUUCCUGCUGACCGGCCACCAUUACACUUCUGUCUCUGACCUGGUGGCUGACGUCCUGCAGGCUGAAGAGGAGGGGAGGCAGGGUAGUGAUAACAACACAGAGCCUGUGGUGAGACAGAGCAGCAGUGCCAAUGGAAUGAAACUGCAGACCUCACUUGGGGAGAAAGUUUUGGUGACCCUGAGUGCUGAGGAACAAUUGAAGCAACUCCAGGAGGAACGAACCUGCAAAGUAUGUAUGGACAAACUGGUGUCCAUGGUGUUUAUCCCCUGCGGUCACCUGGUUGUGUGUUCUGAUUGUGCGGCCAGCCUACAACACUGCCCCAUCUGUAGAGCAGUGAUACGUGGCAGCAUGCGUGCCUUCAUGUCCUGAGGACUACUACACACACUUGCACAACUGAGAAACAAUGCUGAAAAAGCUCCUAUAAAAAAACUAGUUAUCUUUGAAGUAGUUAAAAGUAUUUAAAUCUAUCAUUUAGACCACAGGCUCCCGACCCCUGUCCUGGACAUUUUAGUGUUUUCCUGUUCCCAAAACACCUGAUUCAACUAGUCAGAUAAUUACCAGCACUUUCUGAAGUGGGUGUGUUAUAGCAAGAAAAAUACUAAAAUCUGCCCAAAAGGGGGCACUCCAGGAUCAAGAUUGGGAACCUGUGAAGUAGACAACAAAAUGUUGACACUUUGAAAUUAAAUGGAAUCAAACUGAAGCUGUUUUCUUAUUUAUUUACACAAAAAAUAAAAAAAUAAACC